GGUCAAUGGAAAGUCAACCCGUAAUGGCUUCUUCAUCCCCCCCAGCCCCUUCUAUUAUCUUUUUGUGCGGCAAAACUCUGUUAUCCGCUCUCCUCCUCCUCCUCCUCCUCCUCUUGCUUCCCCCCACAUUUCCUGAGACUCGUCAAGCAAUGACUUCUCCCGAUGCUGGUGGUCGCGGCGGGAAGCUGGAGCUCGUUGCUUGCAUAGCACUGGUCAUCGUUCUCUUGAAGUUCUUCCUUGCUGAUUGGCUCGUCUGUCUCCUCCUCGGUGUCAUCGAGUUCUUCAAGGAAAGGCUGGCCCCGGACCUCCCUGGAGACCGGAAACCCAACCCCACUCACGGGCCAGCGGAAGCAAUGUCGGAGUCGGACCGGGAGUCGCUGCCUCCGGGAUGCGAGUACGAAGUCUUCCUGAGCUUCAGGGGACCCGACACCCGCGAGAGUUUCGCUGAUUGUUUGUACAACAGCUUGGUAGAUGCAGGCAUUCGCGUCUUUCGGGACAACGAAGAACUCCGUUUGGGGGAUGAGAUCGGUCCCAGGCUUCGCCAGGGGAUCAUGCAGUCGAAGAUCUCCAUUCCCAUAUUCUCGAAACGGUAUGCUUCCAGCAAAUGGUGCCUCAGGGAGCUCUCUCUUAUCGCUGAACGCUAUAGAGAAAACAAGCAAAUCGUGAUGCCCAUCUUCUUCGAUGUUACGCCCGAUCAAGUUAAGAAUCAGACCGGGAACUACGACGCAGCACUCAGGCAGCACGCUGGGAAGUAUCCGCAGUGUGUUGGAGAGUGGAGGAGCGCUCUCUCGGAGCUGGGACGAUUGAAAGGAUGGCCGUUAAAGGAUACUGCAAAUGGGCACUGGGGACAGUUCAUAAAAUUAGUAGUUACGAGGGUCCUAUAUAAACUGAAGAAAGCCCAUCUUCCCAUGAAGAAAACGUUUGUCGGAAUGGAGAGGCACGCAGACGCAGUCAUGAGCUUGUUGAACGUUGGAAUUGGAGAUGUGAGAAUUGUUGGGAUUUACGGUAUCAGGGGUAUUGGUAAGACAACUCUUGCCAAGGACAUCUAUAAUAGACUUCUCGACGGUUCUGAGUUUGAAGGCUGUAGCUCCCUGGAUAAUAUUCGAGAGAAAUCUUUGCAGCCAAAUGGUCUGGAAUGGUUGCAAAGUAAGUUAGUUGCCGACAUCACGAGGAGCAAACGGGAAGAUUUUGGUAGCGUUGAUGAAGGUACUAACAUGCUAAUGGACAGGUUUCGUGACAAGAAAGUUCUCAUUCUUCUUGACGAUGUUGAUCACCUUAAACAGCUCAAUGCAUUGGUGGCAGAACGAGAAUGGUUUGGUCUCGGAAGUCGAAUAAUUAUCACGACAACUGACGGAGGCAUAUUAAGAGAAGCGCCUCAAGUCGACAGUUCUUACGAGAUGGAGGGAAUGGAGCAAGAUGAAGCUCUCGAACUUUUCAACAAGCAUGCUUUUAGAAGUACUGACCCUUCUGCAGACCCUUCCACGGCAAAACUGAAUCCUUUGGCGAAAAAGAUCGUGAAGGCAACCGGAGGGCUUCCCUUAGCUCUCGAGAUUAUCGGCAGUUUUUUAUACAGCAAAAACAAGGAUAUAUGGAAGGAAACCCUAGAGAAAUUGAAAGAAAGACCUGAUAAGAAAGUUCUCGAUCAGUUAAGGGUCAGUUAUGACGACUUAGAAGACGAGGAAAAAGAAAUAUUUCUUGAUAUUGCAUGCUUUUUCAUUGGAAUGGACAAAAGAGUUGUAUUUCACAUGUGGAAAGAUUGUAAGUUGAACCCCGCACUUGGGAUUGAAGUCCUCCGACUGAGGUCUCUUAUAAAAAUUGGUGACGAUAACAGGCUGUGGAUGCACAACUGUCUAAGAGAUCUCGGCAGGAAGAUUGUUGAAAAAGAGAAGAAAGUAAUGGGGAUGCCAAGUCGCUUGUGGCGCAGAGAUGAAGCAAGAAACAUCCUGCAGAAUCCUAAGUAUAAGGGAACAGAGAGGAUCAAAGCCAUUUCCCUGCAAUGUGAAUUGGGUACAUCAUUCUGUUAUGAUGGCGAGCAAUUUAAGAAUAUGUCAAAUUUGAGGUUCCUUCGGUUAGUGUAUGCUGAGCUUUCGGGAGAUAUCCGAUCUCUGUCGGAGUUGAGAUGGCUAAGCUGGCAGAAAUCGUCCUUGAAGUUCAUGCCCAAAAGUUUACCACUGGCGAAGUUAAAGGUUCUUGAUAUGUCAGGGAGUGAAGUUAAAGAGGACUGGAGCGCUUGGAGCUCAACCAAGAAGCCUGUGAAGCUGAAGGUUCUUGAUCUCAGUAGUUGUCACAAGCUAACGACGACUCCCGACCUUUCCAUGUUUAAGCAUUUGGAAAGAUUGAUUCUUGAAGACUCUCAAAGAUUGUCAGCCUUUCACCCUACAAUGGUGGAUCACCUUCAAUGUCUAAGUUCACUAAAUUUGAAGGGAUGUUGGCGCGUGACCAAUCUGCCUGAGCGAUUGGGAUCUAUGACAAAAUUGAUGGAACUUAUCAUCGACGGCACUUCCAUCAUUCAACUUCCAGAUUCCAUCGGUUCCUUACAAAAUCUGCAAAUGUUGUCAGCAAAUGAGUGCCACCACUUACAAGCUCUUCCGGACUCAAUUGGGCGGCUCAAUUCAUUAGUUAAGCUGAGCUUAUCACACACAGGAGUGGCAACUUUGCCUAAUUCUGUUGGUAAUCUGAACAACAUGGAAGUGCUCAACAUCAAUUCCAGUAAUAUAUCUCAUUUUCCAAGUUCUCUAGGGAAGUUAGGGAAGCUCAAAGAGAUAAAUGCUUCAAAGUGUAAGAAUUUGGAAGGGGAUAUUCCUGCAGAGCUCGGGAAAUUAUUUUCUUUAGAGGUCCUGAGAUUAGAUGGGACAAACAUUAAGGGCAUCCCAGAAACCAUUCGUGGCCUUCCUCAUCUUCAGACUCUUCACUUAGCGGGAUGCCCAAAGCUUCAGAGUCUCCCUGAACUUCCUGUUAGCUUGGUUAGUGUGAGGGUGAAUUCUCCGUCGGUGGAGGCAAUUCCGAAUCUCUGUAGUCUGAUUAACUUGGAAGAAUUGGUGCUAAGUAUAAACACCUUACAUUGUGAGAUUGGUUCCCUUACUCGAUUGAAGGUACUUUCCAUUCCGAGGUGCACAAAAAUUCAAAGCCUCCCCAAGCUUCCCAAAAGUCUGCACAAGCUGAACAUUUCAAAUAGCUUACUUCAGAUAUUGCCAGAGCUCUCAGAAUUGCAAAAUUUAACCGAGUUAUCUCUUGAAAAUUGUGAAAAGCUCACAAAUAUUCCUGGCCUCGGGUAUUUGGUUAACUUGAAGAGUCUGAAAGUGGACUCGUGCCUGCAGAUUACUAGCCUCAGUGGUCUUGAACAGUUGAAGUCUUUGAGAGUACUUCAAGUUUCCUCCUGCGAGAAUCUGAAAAGACUCCCAAAUCUGUCCAUGCUAAAGUUGUCUAUAAUGAAUGCUAGAGGCUGUGAAAGCCUAAUCGAGAUUGAGGGUCUGGAUAAUUUAUAUGCCUUGACUGAUUUGGACAUAGGCAAUUGCAAGUCCAUUAAAAGAUUACCAGAUCUGUCCAAAUUGACAUUGUUACGAUCUUUCUAUGCUGAUGGUUGCAAGAAGCUGCAAGGACUCGAAGGGAUCGGUAAAUUGGGAGAGUUGUUGUUUUUACGAAUCUCGGGGUGUAGAGAAAUCAAAUGUCUGCCGAAUCUAUCGAAGCUGAAGAAAUUGAGGCAUCUCGAUAUCGCUGGCUGUGAGGGCAUCUCAGAGGUACAUGGACUACUGGAGCUGAAAUCCAUCAAGCGUAUAGUUAUUUCCAGACGCAUCAGCCUUGCGAAGCUUCAAGAUAUCCUGAAAGAAAGAGACGCGAACUGUGAUAAGUCAUCAGUGGUGAACCGCAUUAUUACCGAGUGCCACAACCUUUGGCGAGACUCAAGAGGGUGUUUGAGUGAAGCUGUAGGAGCAAGUUCCGAGUCCAUUAAUGGCCUGGCAGUUUCGAUAAGUGAAGGGAGCGCGGUUGCAAUCUAUCCAUAUGAUAAUCGCCGGGACAUAAUAAGUGCACCGUAGCACCUGUCAUGGGAAACUCACUGCUUUCGUCGAGCACUUUACAUGCCAGGAGGAGUGGCAUCAACUGAUUCUACUGGAAGAUUGACAUUCAGAACCAGUCAGCAUGAGAGAAGUCCCAGUGCAGAUUAACUUUUCUCGUUGUGUCCAGUACAUGAAGGCAUAGCACGUAGCUUGUUUCUAAGUUUUAAUAGAUUUGACCGAUGAGUUCUUGGAUUCUCUUGGUUCAAAAGGUUGCGAGAAUGGAGAAAGUUUUGGAACUCAUCAUCAAGGUGUUCUCUUCUUAUCAAAAGUUCUUCCUGUCUCGUUGCUUCGUUUCCCUGCACAUUUUCCUUCCUCUGCUAUUUAUUAGGGAAAAAGAAAGAUUCAGUAAUGAUAAUAUUUGAGUUCACUGUCCUUUACAAACAUUGAACGAAGAUCAGAAAAAAUCAAAUGGGGCAAUCUGGAACAUGUUUGUCGAGGUGGAUGAACUUUCGUGCAGUUGCUUGGAAGUGUAACCCCAUCGCAUCAUGUAUCAUAUGAUGCCCAUCGAAACCGAAAAAACGUCUGUUCACGUCGCCAUGCUCUCUGACUCUCUCUCGACCUUCCUUUUUUGGGAUGCAAUAAAUAUUCAAAGUAUAGAGAUGCUCGAGUAAUAGACAUGUCUGGUCAACCCCAACGCUUAUUCGCCUACGAAUGGUUCUUGAUCGUUCAUUUGGAGAGCUUACCGCAUCAUCACGAAGUCGUCCUGCCUCCUUAAAUCUUCCGAAUCAAAUUUUUUUAUGGGGGAGAUUAAUUACCGGUUGUGGCAGCAAGAGGUUGAUGAGGAGCAUUUUCUUUUUGUUUUUUUUUUUUUGAGUAACCAUGGGUGUCCGGAUUUUGUCCCAAUUAAUUCCCGGAUUCCGUGAACUCCUUGCAACGCAUGGAACAAGUAAACUAGCCUAACAGAUAGCCUUAAGGGGUUUUGAAUUUGGAAUGAAUGGUUACUUAUAUACUCA